AUGAAGACGAUUAACACAUCCCACUUAGUGAAGGUUCCUGACAAUGUGACUGUUACUGUGAGGUCACGCAAUGUUACUGUCAAAGGACCAAGGGGAGUCCUAGUUCGCAGCUUCCGCCACCUGCCAGUUGACAUUUCAUUGUCAGCUCCCAAAAUCCUGAAGGUGGAAAAAUGGUUUGGGAAGCACAAAGAGUUGGCUGCUGUCAACACUGUGUGCUCUCAUGUUCAGAACAUGAUCAAAGGAGUCACUGUGGGAUUCCUAUACAAGAUGCGUGCCGUGUAUGCUCACUUCCCCAUCAACGUAGUCGUCUCUAAUUCCAACACCAAGGUUGAGAUCAAGAACUUCUUGGGUGAAAAGUACACGCGCCAUGUUGACAUGUUGAAGGGAGUUUCAUUCAGGGCAUCUGGCAACAAGGAUGAGUUUAUCCUGGAGGGGAAUGACAUUGAAUUGGUCUCCAGAUCAGCUGCCCUUAUCCAGCAGUCAACAGCUGUGAAGAAGAAGGAUAUCCGUAAAUUUUUGGAUGGUAUCUACGUGUCUGAGAAGACAACUGUUGUUCAGGCCUAG